AUUGAAAAUAAAACAAAAACCAUUGAAUACAACUGUGACUUACUCUAACUAUGACAUACCUGUGCUAUCAAUUAGCUUUAUUGGUGACAAUUGUUACGAUUGGUUCGACGCUCUGUAAGUCGUCGCGAUUCUGUGACAGCGAUAAACCUGCCGUCACCUCUAUAUUCAGUCAUCACAAAACUAUUUACCUGAUCCGCGACAACUCUGAGUUUUGGUUGUACAAAGAGGACAAUCAGGCCGGUCCUCAACAGCUCAACACACCACCACUUCUGCUGUCCAUUACGUUUCCCGUAAAUGAGCUGAAUAUGGGSACAAUUGCAACGGCAUUUACAGUCGACUCCGUUCCAGARGCUUGCGAUGAGUCCAAGUUGCAGACGCACCGGGAGUGGUGUAUAUUCAAUGCCUAUAUGCUGAACACGACAUUCAUUUUCUAUCAGCGCAAUGAUAACAAAGACCGACAGGUCUACUCAAUGAUCAGACCUAAAUCAAAGUCGUCGACGUUUUUUUUGUUCAACAGUACGAUCGGCGGUUACGGCUAUGAGCUCCGGGCAAAUCGGUCGACCGACCGGAGCUCGUUUCCCGGGGUUAGUCCCGAAUAUAUAUCAAAUGAUAGAGUCAACAAAUUUGUGGGCACAGUGUAUGACAGUAGGAACCGGGCAGUCAUUAUGAUUGGUAUCAACAAUGCCAACCAAUACGUGGCCUACAAAAAGCUUUUGGACACCGAAUGGGAUGAAAAGAUUACCAAAACAGACUUAGGUUCAGUCGAUAACAGUAAUCCCAUUAUCAGUGCAUUCAAAUAUAACGACGCCUACCAUGUCAUGUACGGGGAUCACAAGGUUUACCAAUUAAAUGAUGAUUUGACUCUCAAAAAGGAAAAGUUUUCAUCAGUUCAUACUAUGUUUUGUAAAUAACUUUAAUAAUUAUUAUCCAUGUCUUUCAUCUGUCUAUUUAAUUAACUUAGAAUAUUAUUAUCUGAUAUUGUGUUUUAUUAUUGUAUUUAUUAUUA